AUGGAUUACGUCAUGGAAGCGGUUGUCCGAACUGUUAAUUUCAUUCGGACUAGAGGUCUGAAUCAUCAUCAAUUUGACAAUCUUCUCAGCGAUCUAGGCGUUACCUAUGGCUUGCCAUAUCACACCGAGGUAAGGUGGUUAAGCCGAGGUGUCGUGUUGAAACGUUUCUUUAAUCUACAAGAAGAAAUUGAACAGUUCAUAGAGGAAAAGGGCAAACCAGUGUUAGAUUUCCAAUCACCAGAAUGGCUGCAAAAUUUAGCAUUUAGCGAGGAUAUUACAGAGCACUUGAAAAAUUUGGACAAAAUGCUUCAAAGCCGUAAAAAAGUUGCCACACUGUAUUUUGAAAGCAUAGUCAACGCCUCUGAUCUGCCUAUCAAUAUCCAACUUGAAAUGAUUGACUUGCUGUGUGAUUUGAAGAACAAAUUUACUCCGGAGGGCUUGGACACAUUUUAUCAGUAUCUCUUGCCAAAGUACCCCAAAUUGACAGUCCUUGAUGCGAAAGUUUUGUACGUGUUUGGGAACAUGCCUUUGUGA